GAGAAACUGUCAAAACACGCACAAAAUCGCAGCCAUCAUCGCAUCGCAGCAAAAGUGGAGUGAAAACUGAAAAGUUGAAAACGGAAAAAAUUUCAUUCGCCUCGGAAAAGGUGUGUAAGCGAAAAGCUCGUCGUCGUCGUCGUCUUUGCGUUGGGUCGCGAGAAUCCCCCGCGGAUCGAAGUGCAGUUUUGUGGAGAUUGUAGGUGGAAACCAUUGGAAAUUAUUGGCAAAUUGCAAUUACGAAGAAACAGUUUUCCCCUUUCGCUUCGAUUUCGGUUUCGGUCGAAUUGUGUGGCUUUUUGGGUGUGGGGGAGGAAGUCAAAAGUAAUUACUUCUCGGAGGUGCCUCCGUGGCCGAAACUCUGGGAUAGUGUUCUAUGGUGGCCCGAAUUUAGGCCAUCGAGUCGUGUUAGCAAAGAGAAGUCAAAGUGCGGCCUCUCGAAGUGUAAGUGGCUAAGGAAUUCCUCCGGAGACGGAGACGCAGAAGACAGUGUCUUACUUCUGGAAGUGAAAGGGGCGACGGCAGGGAAGAAAAUCGUCAGAAUCCGAUAAACUGCUUCUCCAGGUGUCGUCAGGCUGGGGGCGAAUCGCGGCAGGAAGGGCGCCGGAAGCGAAAAAUGUUGACAGAAUGGCCCACCAGGCAACAACCAGUUUACUGAGCUCGGGAAUCUCGCGCCGCAAUCCGGAGGACGAGUACGAGCUGAUCCACAAGAUUGGCUCCGGAACGUACGGCGAUGUGUACAAGGCCAAGAAGCUCCAAUCCAACGAACUAGCGGCCAUCAAGGUGAUCAAGCUCGAGCCGGGCGAUGACAUCCAAAUUAUCCAGCAGGAGAUUGUGAUGAUGCGCGACUGUCGCCAUCCGAACAUCAUCUCCUACUAUGGAUCCUAUCUGCGGCACGACAAGCUGUGGAUCUGCAUGGAGUACUGCGGUGGGGGCAGCUUGCAGGACAUCUACCAGGUGACGGGACCGCUGACGGAGGUGCAGAUCGCGUACAUGUGCCGCGAGACGUUGCUGGGGCUGUCCUAUCUGCACUCGAUGGGGAAAAUCCAUCGGGACAUCAAGGGGGCCAACAUCCUGCUGACGGAGAAGGGCGACGUCAAGCUGGCGGAUUUUGGCGUGUCGGCCCAGAUCACGGCGACCAUCAACAAGAGGCGGAGUUUUAUCGGAACUCCCUACUGGAUGGCACCGGAGGUAGCUGCCGUGGAGCGAAAAGGUGGUUACAAUCACCUCUGUGAUAUCUGGGCCUGCGGAAUUACUGCUAUCGAGCUGGCCGAACUUCAGCCCCCCAUGUUCGACCUGCACCCGAUGCGGGCCCUCUUCCUGAUGUCCAAGAGCGGGUUCAAACCGCCCACGCUCAAGGACAAGGACCGGUGGAGUCCGAACUUCCACUCGUUCCUGAAGGUGGCACUGACGAAGAAUCCUAAGAAACGACCGACGGCCGAACGGCUGCUGCAGCAUGCCUUCUUCCAGUCGGAGAUGUCCAUCCGGUUGGCGAUGGAGCUGCUGCAGAAGUACCACAGCCCGCACCAGAGCUACUUCUACCACGAGGAGGAGGAGGGGGCUGUUGCAAUUGGACCACAAAGAAUUACGAGCAAAAUGCAUUCCCCUAGUCCGGUGUACAUGUGUAAACCCAUCAUGGAGAACGAUCGAUCAUCUAGUCCUGAAACUCUACCUAGUGAUAUGAGUCUAUUGCAUUAUAUAGACGAGGAGUUAAAGUUAAGGCGGACGUUGCCGCUGUCGAAUAACCCGAACGAUUCGCUAUCUGGUGGCGGCGAUUGUUCCUGCUCUGGAGACAACAGCUACGACAAUAAUGGAGCACGGGACGAUUCCACGCUGAGCUACGCAGAUCUCGAUCUGAGUGCACGGUUCGAGAAACUGAAUGCGCAGCAGCAGAACGGAACGAGCGACGACGAUAGUCAGACUAAACGGCGUUCGAUGGAUCAGUUGACGGGGCUGUUCAACGAUCUGGAGAAGUCUUCCAGGCAGCGAAGUUUGAGCGACGGCGACGGUGGUAAUGAGAAUGAUACCCAACCGGAUCUUCUGAACAACACUCCUCCGGUGCCGCCGAAGCGAAGUCAUCGCAGCCGGCGGCACACGCCUCCCCGGCCCGUCUCGAACGGGUUGCCACCGACGCCAAAAGUUCACAUGGGUGCCUGCUUUUCCAAGAUCUUCAACGACUGUCCGCUGCACAUCCACUGUACGACGUCGUGGAUCCAUCCGGAGACCCGGGAUCAGCAUCUGCUGAUCGGUGCCGACGAGGGUAUCUUCAACCUAAACAUGAACGAACUGCACGACGCGGCCAUCGAGCAGCUCUACCCCCGGCGGACGACCUGGCUGUACGUGAUCAAGGACAUCCUGAUGUCGCUCUCGGGAAAAACCUCGCAGCUGUACCGGCACGAUCUGCUGGCGCUACAUUCCAAGCAAACGCAUCGUUUCUCGUUGCACAUGAAGAAGAUCCCGGAGAAGUUGGUACCGCGAAAGUUUGCCCUCACGACCAAGGUGCCGGACACCAAGGGUUGUACGCAGUGCUGCGUGACGCGGAAUCCCUACAACGGGUACAAGUAUCUGUGCGGCUCGCUGCCGAGCGGGAUCUUUCUGAUGCAGUGGUACGACCCGCUGAACAAGUUCAUGCUGCUGAAGCAGUGCGACUGGCCGUCCGGAAACCUGCAGUAUUACGGUGUGAACUCGAACGUGUUCGAGAUGAUCAUCACUCCGGAGCUGGAGUAUCCGAUCGUGUGCGUCAACGUGCGGAAAGGGACGAACGACAGCCUCAAGCUGGACUUGAUCAACACCAACAACACUUCCAGUUGGUUCAACUCCAAUGCGGAAGAGAUGGACGGCAUGGCCACCGUGAUCAACCGAAGGGACACCUUACGACCAAUCAAAGUGCAUCAGAUCGAACGAGACGCUAUUCUAGUGUGUUACGAUAAUGUCGUACAAAUAGUCGAUGUUGUAGGAUUUCCCAAACAGAGUAAAAAGUAUAUUUCUCGGCUGGAGUUUAGUUUUAAUAUCGAUAGUAUAGUUUGUCUUACCGAUAGUGUGUUAGCGUUUCACAAAAAUGGCAUGCAGGGCAGAUCGUUACGGAACGGUGAGAUUACCCAAGAGAUUACCGAUACCAGUCGGAUAUACGAGCUGAUCGGAAGCGAUAGCCGGAUCGUGAUGCUGCAGAGCCGAAUCAUGCGGCCGGCGGAAUCGAUGGAGGGAUCCAGCGAGGAGGGCCACGACCUGUAUUUGGUUGCCGGUCACGAGGCCAGUUACUAGGGAAGCAGCUAAAUAGGAACAAAAAAAGAAGAAAAACUACGCAAGGAAAAAGGUAUGUACGUUACACGCAACUAUUAGGCAACACAUUUGCAGCGAAUAAAACUCUUAGAAAGGAUUUAGCAAAAAAUAAAUCGCGCAAGAAUUUGUAUUGAGAUUGUACAGCCGGGAAGCUGGAGCUUCUGAUAAACUAUAAAGUAGGAUAUAUCAAAUAUAUCUUUUCGCCGAAAAGAAAUUGUAAACAUGUAAAGUUUUGAUCUACACACACACAAGUAAUGGAGCAGCAGUUGAUGAUAAAUGUAUGCCGAAACCCCUUUUUGCAUUUGCAACGAUGUCGACACGACUGAGGGUCGACGAUAGGGUAAAUUGGAACUUUUGAGCCACCAGGAACAACCGUUUUGAUAGUCAUUGGUUUUAAUUUUAGUUAAGUUGAUGAUCGUAAGCUCCGGAUGGAUUUCGAUGUUCUUUUAGGUUGUGUUGGAGUUGGCGAAAAAAAAAAAACAAACUUUUACGCGCAUAUUUCGAUGGUUUAUUGGACUUUUUUCUUGUUUCAAUGGUUUUGGUUCCAGAUUUCGAUGUAAAAUAAUGUAAAUAGACGCCACACACGGAACGCAGUUUGUCCAAGUCUGAAUUUCAUGUUUAUACUGAUUGAAUAAUGGCCAAAAUACAUCAUCGAGAUUUGAACACAAGAUCUUAUAAUUCACUUUUUAUGUAAAUGGUCUCUUAAGGUGAAAAUGAAUUGACCCCAUACCAAACAAAUCUUCAAGAGAAUGAAUCUAGAGAAUCUAGUUGAUAAUUAAUCGAUUGAUCACUUGCAGAAUUGCACAGAAUAAUGUCUAUUCGGAUUUUCUGGAAAAUUCUUAUGAAAACUUUAAUUUUUUGAUUUCUGUUUAGAUAAUUUUUCAUGGUUCCUGUAGGUUUCUUAUUGGUUCCCGUACGGUCUCUUUUUGGUUUUUUUUUCAAGCGACACUUAGUCGCUACCAGCCCUGUCAUAGGGAUUCCUUCAAAAAAUCCUCCAUGGAUUCUUUCGACUAAAGAGACGAAAUCUGAUCAUUUUGAAAAUAAAUCAGCUAGCAACUAUAGCCAAAUCUAUCACUCAGCACUGCCAAUGUUGAACCCCACGCUAAGAGUGGCUGACAGGUUUCACGUGUUGAGUUUACACAGGCUUGGGUAUCGAAUGCAAAACUGACUGAAUGUGUGAAAAACCAAAACAUACUUUAUGUAAAACAUAAAAAUUACAAUCGACACUCGUGUACUCAGUACAUA